GACCACCCAGUGCCCCUGUGGAGGAACGUUCAGGAACACCUGAUAGCAUCACUUCUGCAUCCUCCGCAGCCCAUCCACCAUGUGUUCAACCACAGCAACCGUCAUAUGGAGGAUCUCAGCCCCAAACUGGUCAAAUAGAUGGCCAAAUGUAUCAACAGUAUCCACAACAGGCUGGAUAUCCUUCUCAACAGCCACAAGCUCAACCUCAGCAACAAUAUGGUGUACAAUAUCAAGCAGGCUACAGCCAACAGACUGCUCCUCAGCAAGCACAGCAGUUCCCAGGGUACAAUCAGCAGGCCUCCCAGGCUCCAGCUCCUGGCUUUCCUGGCCCAGCUCCACAGCUGCCAGCUCAGCCUCCUCAGCAGUAUCAAACAGGCACUUAUACUCCACAAAAUUAUACAACUCAGGCUUCCCAGUCUGCUAAUUAUAAUGUAACUCCAGCAUCGCAACCUGGAAUAGCUCCUAGCCAGCCCAGCACCUUCCAGCCAAGACCUGGUUUCACCCCACCUCCUGGAACUACUAUGACUCCUCCUCCGAGUGGCCCUAAUCCUUAUGCACGCAGUCGUCCUCCAUUUGGCCAGGGCUAUACUCAGCCAGGUCCUGGUUAUCGAUAAGGAAACUAUGCUGUUAAAAAGCCCCAGGUAAAUCCAAGCAGUGCUGAUGCUGUUCCACCUGUACAGACAAGAAGAUUCUUUAAUUGCUAUUUAAAAAAAUAACAAAAGGCAAAAUAUUGUAUGGUAUCACCAUUGCUCUUUAAUUUUCUGGGAUAAAUGACCAAAUGAAUUUUGUUUCCUGCUUUAAACUGUAUUGGCUUUCUAGUUUAAUAUUUGUCCUAUUGGAAACACUACCUAAAUGUAUGUAAAGCAGAUGACAUUCUCGCUUGCCAUAUUAAACUGCUAGGUGAAAAUCUAGCUGACUUACUUGAAUUGGUUUUACUAAUAAAAUGAAGUACUAAAUUAGAUCCACUUGUUAAAAAUUAGAUAUAUAUAUAUAAAUAAAUUGUAACCUUCACAAUACAAUUGAAUAAAAACAUUCAAGUCAUUAUUCAAUCAGUUGCAGAGAAGUCUGUUUAGUAAAUGUUACACCUAUCUUUCUACAGAAAACUAGUUUCCAACUCCCCAGAUUUUGUUGAAAUAUUUUUCACAUAAGCAACACAUUCAAAGCAAUUUCUGUUAUUGUAGCAACUGAAAAAUGCUGUAGUAAACAUUAUUGUGUAAAUUUGUUAUUUUUCUUGCAUAGAUCAAUAAAAAUGACAGGUAUUUGAGUGAUGAUAAUAGCUGAGUGCUUGGCAGAAGUGAAUUAAGUAAAUUGAAUGCCUUUCAUAACAUAUUAAUAGCAAUCUAGUACUCUCAGCAUUCAGCGAGUAGUACAAUUCUUGUACUGGAAAUAGAAUGCUGCUGUUAUGUGUGGUUUUAACAUUUUGAUUAGCUAAUAAAUAGCUUAUUUUAAUUGAUGUUUGUAAGUGAAGGUGAUGUUACCAUGGCAUGGUUAGUGAAUUACAUCAGAAUACUGGUAAGGCAAGAUCAUGGGUUGUUCAGAAGGGUGUGUUGGUUUUUUGCUUAGAGCAUUAUUGAAUUCUAUUCAGAUGUCCCUGUUCAACACUUUUUCUAAAUCAAGCCCAUAACAUUGCUAGGACUACAAUGGUUUAUUAAAAGCUGUAUUAUUUUUAUCUGUUAUAUAAAAGUACAUGAACUUAAUGGAGACCAAUCUUAAAAUUAGAUGAUCUAAAAUAUUGGAGGGAAGAAAAACUAUAUGGUAACUAAAAAAGUAUGCAACUAAUUCAUACUGUCCUUAGCAUCUAUCUUUUAGUAAACAUAUUUUUAAAAGUUUAUUUUCACAACGCUGAAUAUGCUUGUCAAUUACAGCAUACCCCAGAAUUUCAGCACAAGUCCUUGGUAAAUUUCCCUCACUCUGCCCUAGAACUACUUUUUAGUAUCAGUGUUUAUUCCAUUUUAUCUUGUGCCUGUCUUCUUGCACUUUGAUUUGGCAUGUGAGAGAUCCAGGUUUUGUGUGCAUCUAAUGAUUUUUACCUAUGUAUUGUAUUCUUUCUUUUCCACCAUACCUAUUUUGAAGCUUAACAAUCAGCUCUUCUUUCCACGAACCAUAACGAUUACUUAAAUAUAUCUUGUUUAAAGAAAGUU